AUGAUCCAGCUCUACACUUCUUCCACGAACACUGCAGCGUCGACAAACAAUCUUCCCACGCUACCGGCUUCCUCACCAGGGCCAACCACUGCCAGCCACGUCAGACGUGACGUCAUAGGGCCUCGGCCGCUCCCCCAGCCUUUACCGGCUUCACCGGCUCCCCCUGGUGGGAAACAGUAUGCCACAAUCGACCAUGCCAUAACCCUCAUCCGUUUAGCAGGUGUCGGAGCCUGGCUCUCUAAAGCUGACAUAACCAGGGCAUUCAAGGUCCUCCCCAUCCAAUCUGAUUUCUGGUGUUACUUUGGGGUAUGUUGGAAGUGGGCCUAUUAUUUUGUGGUGCGUCUCACCUUCGGUUGCAGAAGUAGCCCAAAGAUCUUCGACUCCCUUUCUGAGGCACUUUAAUGGGUCCUCACAAACAAUUACAGACUCCAGUACAUUCUCCAUCUCCUUGACGAUUUCCUGGUGGUCACUCCAUCCUCCUCACCUCACAAGUUUGGACUUGCCACCCUCACGAAAGCCUUUGAGGAGCUCGGCGUGCCUCUUUCGGAGGAAAAAACUUCAGGGCCUAGCACCUCCAUCGAGUUCCUCGGCAUCACCUUAGACUCCAUCUCCCUCCAGGCAUCUCUGCCGAAGAAAAAAAUUCAGUGCAUCACUUUGAUUCUCUCCAACUAUCUCUUAGCCGAUAGGUGCACCAAACGCCAGUUGUUGGCUCUCCUCGGUCACCUGAACUAUGCAAUCCGCAUAAUUCCUCAGGCUAUGUCUUUCCUCUCUAACCUCCUCGCGCGAGCUGCAGUCGUUCCUUCACUACACGACAGGAUAGUGCUGGACAACGUCUGCAAAAUGGAAAUGGGCAUGUGGCAACAUUUCCUGUCGUCAUGGAUCGGCAUCUCCUUUUUGUACAAUGACUUAAUUUCCCGACCCGACGACAUUCAGUUGUACACCAACGCAGCUCCCUCCGUUGGCUUCGGUGGCUUCUACAAAGGGCGUUGGUUCUUAGCCACCUGGCCGCCGGAGUUUAAGUCCCUCGACUCUGAAUCAUGUUCUCCUUCAUCUACUCUUCAAGAGCUCUACCCCGUCGUCAUUGCAGCCUUCCUUCGGGGGCACGAAUGGUCAAGAAAAUCAAUUCUCAUACACUCCGAUAACACAGCAGUAGUUGAAAUCAUUAACAAGGGCCGAUCUCACUCCCCAGCCAUCAUGCCGUUUCUACGCAGACUCACAUUAAUCUCUGCCCACCAUCAGUUCAUUCUAAGAGCAGCUCACAUUCCAAGACAUCUCAACACCAUCGUUGACGCACUCUCUCAUUUCUCUUUUCAGAAAUUCAGACAUUUGGCCCCAGAAUCUGAUCCGCAUCCAGUACCAGUCCCACCGUUUUCGCUACCCUUUCCGUCUCUGGACAUCGUGUCCAUCUGCAACUUCAUCUCUCACGCUCACUCCAUUCAGAAAAUCCGGUCCAUGAGCAUCCAAACCUACCUCGCCGGUGUUAACUUAACUGGUCACUGGCCUUCACUGCACUUCCAUCUCCCAUUCCCACCUCUAGCAUCUCCUCACAACCCGCUCUUCAUCACCGAAACCAGAAAAAUGGCAACUCGAUUCUGGUUUCACAAACAUCUGCACCAAGUCCUCCGCAUCUCAGGCAUCACCUCUGAGCACUACUCAGCCCAUUCAUUCCGCAUCGGCGCAACAUCCACAGCAGCCAGGUCAGGCAUCUCUGAUAAAACCAUACAGAUCCUUGGGAGCUGGUCAUCCCAAGCAUAUCACACAUACAUCCGCAACAGUGUUAGUGAUCUGCGUCAAGCCCACGCUCAACUGAGCUCCAUCUAA